GUUAUCGCUCCGUGCCUCUUUACAUUGACGCAAGCUGUGCGCCAUAUACUGGUGUCGGUGCUGUGAAAUUUGAAGGAAUUUUGGUCUUAACCAAAUAACAAAAUGGCUCGAUUUUUGACGUUUCUUUGCCUGGCUGUGGUUUUCUUGGCAGUUGUGGAGGUUUCCAUUGGAGCUGGAGGUAGUUCGCACCGCAGACGUGGAUACGGAUACAGCGGAGGGCGUGGAUAUGGCGGUGGAUAUGGUGGCGGUCGACGCGGAUACGGCGGGUAUGGUGGAUACGGCGGCGGAUAUGGUGGAAAUAGAGGAUACGGCGGUGGAUAUGGUGGAAAUAGAGGAUAUGGUGGCGGCGGGUAUGGUGGAAAUAGAGGAUACGGCGGUGGAUAUGGUGGAAAUAGAGGAUACGGCGGUGGAUAUGGUGGAAAUAAAGGAUAUGGUGGUGGAUAUGGGGGGUACGGCAGUGGAUACGGACAAGGCCAUGGGUACAGUCGUGGCUACAGAAACUACGGUCACCAGACCUAUGAGUACGGUCACUAUGGAGACGGGGGUUAUGGCGGCGGUUAUCAUUAAUAAAUGGGCGGCUCUAUGUGUUAAAUGAUGGCAUAAGCGAUUGACAAGGAAGAUAAUAUAAAGAUGCUUUGAUGACAAUCAAAAUGAUGACUUUUCUGGUGACAUUGCAGUGCAGUUGUACUUGGUGUUGAAAAGUAUAGAAUACAGCUCCUGGGAUCUAAGAUGUAGGAUAAAGCCACUGUCUCUUUCACAUGCUGGUUAUAAUGUAAUUAUCAGGACAGUCAUUUAUGUCUCCUUUUUGAUAAACCUCAAUAAAUCCGAUGUGUU